GCUAAAGCCGUCAGUGUUUUGAAUUGAGCUAAAAACAUGGCGGGCGGUGAAGCCGUUCUGGAGAGGCUCACACAUCCCGAGGUCGCAGAUUUUUUAAUUCGAGGAGCAAGAUUCAUAAAAUGGGACGAGGACUCUACGGUAGGACUGCAAUGUACGGUGAAGGUAGACCCGGCGGCCCAUUUAAUCUAUUGGAGAGCCGAAGAUAAGGAGACCGAUCUGUUGGAGCUGACUUCUAUUCGGGAUAUCAGGACAGGAAAAUCGGCGAAAAUUCCAAAGGAUAAAAGCUUGCGAGACUCUUUAAAAAUUGGCGGAUCGGAAGAAGACUCCAUACAAGACAAGACUAUUACAAUUGUGUAUGGGUCAACUUUAGUAGAUAUCUACUAUGUGAACUUUGUUGCUCCUGGAUCUGUGAACACUGCACGUGAAUGGGCAGAUGCUUUGUUUUGCUUAACACACAAUCUCUUGGCCAUAAAUGCUUCACCUAUCUCCUUCCUUGAAAAACUCCACUCUAAAAUAUGUGUCCAAACAAGUGGAGAUGGAAAAAUCCCUGUAAAAAAUAUUUUAAAAUAUGUGAGUUCCAGCAAAGAAGAUAAAAAAAGAGUGCUGGAUACUCUUCAGUCUGUGGGUUUGCCUCAUGGAAAAAAUGAUACUAUUGCCCCUGAUAAAUUUAGUUUUGAAGAAUUCUGGGCAUUCUACAGCAGACUAUGUGACAGAAAAGACAUUGACAAAAUCUUUGCCGAAAUUGGUGCAAAGAAGAAGCCAUACCUGACAGUGGACCAACUUGUGGAGUUUCUCAACAAUGAACAAAGAGACCCUCGCCUAAAUGAAAUCCUUUUUCCUUACUGCACAAGUGAAAAAGCUCAAGCUAUAAUUGACAAAUAUGAACCAAACAGAGACUUUGCAAAGAAGGGCCACUUUUCUGUUCAAGGACUCACAAGAUAUCUUAUGAGCGAUGACAAUUUCAUCAUCAACCAUGAUCGCUUGUCAUGUUAUCAAGACAUGACACAGCCCCUAUCACAUUAUUUCAUUAAUUCAUCACACAACACAUAUCUAACAGGUCACCAGUUGACUGGGAAAUCAUCAGUAGAAAUGUACAGACAAGCGCUAUUGGCUGGAUGCCGUUGUAUAGAAUUGGACUGUUGGGAUGGAAAAGACCAAGAUCAAGAACCUGUUAUCACCCAUGGAAUGACAAUGUGUACACAGAUCUCAUUUAAGGAUGUGAUAGAAGCAAUUGCAGAAUGUGCCUUCAAGACAUCAGAAUACCCUGUUAUUCUUUCCUUUGAGAAUCAUUGCAGCCCUAAGCAGCAAGCUAAGAUGGCAGCAUACUGUGUCAGCAUCUUUGCUGAUAUGCUUCUCAACAAACCCUUAGAUGAUUUCCCAUUAGAAGAAGGAAAAGGCCUUCCACCUCCAAAAGCACUGUUAAGAAAGAUUGUGAUUAAAAACAAGAAAAGGCCAUCAAAACGUGAGGAAGUAGGUGUGGAUGUCGAAAAGACCCCCAUAGACACCACUGCAGUGAUCAGCAGUGACACAAAGGUGGAAAAAGUUGAUGGAGAGAUAACUGAGAACGGAGGCAGUGUUAUUAACGAGGAGGAUGUCAGCAAAGCAGAUCAAGAGGAGGUUGCCCCAGAGGUUGAACUUUCUGCUCUUGUGAAUUACAUCCAGCCCGUCCAUUUUAAGAGCUUUGAGACUUCUGAAAAGCUGAACAGAAGUUAUGAGAUGUCCUCUUUUGUGGAGAAUAAUGCAACAGCCCUACUCAAAGAAAGCCCAGUGGAAUUUGUCAAUUACAAUAAGCGUCAGUUGAGUAGAAUUUAUCCCAGUGGCACAAGAGUUGGAUCAGCAAAUUACAUGCCCCAGAUUUUUUGGAAUGCAGGAUGUCAGUUAGUUGCUCUUAAUUAUCAAACUUUAGACUUACCCAUGAUGUUGAAUCAAGGAAUCUUUGAGUACAAUGGCCGUUGUGGGUACAUAUUAAAGCCCAGCUUUAUGUGUCGGGCUGAUAAAUCAUUUGACCCAUUUGCUGAGUCAACAGUGGAUGGGAUUAUUGCUGGUGCAGUCACUGUUAGGGUUAUCUCUGGGCAGUGGCUCACAGAAAAGAAAGUUGGCACAUAUGUUGAAGUAGAUAUGUAUGGCUUACCAGCGGACACUGUCAGAAGAAAGUACAAGACUAAGAUAGUGCCAAAUAACACUAUCAACCCAGUUUAUGAUGAAGAACCUUUUGUGUUUAAGAAGGUUGUUCUACCCAGCCUAGCAGUUUUAAGAAUAGCAUUAUAUGAAGAAAGCGGGAAACUCAUCGGCCAAAGAAUACUUCCAGUAGUGGGUCUUAGUCCAGGUUAUCGUCAUAUUAAGCUACGUAAUGAAUCUAAUCAACCUCUUUGUCUCCCCACAUUAUUCGUGCACAUUGUUACAAAGGACUAUGUUCCAUCUGGAUUUGAAGAUUUUGCAAAUGCGUUGUGUGACCCCAUUGCAUAUCAUCAAGAAGAGAAAAGACAGCAACAGUUACAAUCUUUGUUAGACGAUGAGGAAAUGGAAGAGGAUGCAGCAGGAUCCGAAGCUGUGGUAGAAGAUGGUGGAAAGGCAACUGAAAAUGCAAAAGCAAAGUCUGCACCGGGAAGAGAGACAAGGAAGUCAAUAUCCAUAAAAGCAGAGAAAAAGUCCAUAAAAAGAAAUUGCACGAGUGACUCACUCGUAGCUGAAAUCAAUCCUCUGAAUCAAAGACGAGGCUCAGAAAUGAUUCUAAGAGAGGCAUUACGGCGAGACAGCUCCCGUGAUAGUAUUUCUGGCAUCAAACCACUUCAGCCACAGAAGAGCGGCAACCCCCAUGCCAUCACGAGUCGUUCCCUUUCGCUCCAAGCAGCCCCUGUGACAGGAGAGAGGGGACCUUUCGCCAAAAGAUCUAGGAGUACCAAAAAACGAGAAGGGAGUAGUAUAAGGGAAGAAAACAUGGCAUUCCGACAUUUUUACACCAAAGUAGAACCUGCAUCCGUCAGAGAACUGAAGGAGCGCAAGCCAUUUUUAAAACUGAACCAAAAACACCAGAAAGAAAUGGACAUCUUGGUCAAAAGACACGAGAAGGAUAAAGACAAACUUCAAAAGAAUCACCUACUGGAGCAGGAGAAGACGAUCAAAGACCUAGAUAAGGAGAAAGUGUCUUCCAAGAAAAAAAGUGACAAAGAACUCAAGAAGGCCGAGAAGAAAGGAAAUUUUGAAGAAAGUUACCGCAAGGGAGUUGAAGGCCUGAACAACCUGGCUCAAAGUCAUGAAAUUAAGGUACAGCCAGGCGGUGUUGACAAGGAUUCAAUCAUCAAUGCCCUUAAACGUCAACAUCGUGACUCUAUGGUUGACCUGCUGAAAAGGCAGCUGAAUGAACAGUUGGAGCUCGCCGAGAAGCAACUUCUUCCUAAACAAGAGGAACUGGAGAAGCUGAUGCGACUUUCACAGGAGGAGAAGAUGAAAUCACUGGCUGAUUUACACGCUAAGCAAAUGAAUGAAUUAAGAAAGAGCCAGGACAAUCAGAACAGAGAGGAACUUAAAGUGUUGGCGCGACAACAUUCUAACAAAGAUGAACUGCAAAGGAGGAAACGGGAGGAAAACAAGAAACACAUUGAACAGUCCGUCAAAGAGCGACAAAAGAUGACAGAGUUCCACAAGAAAGAAAGCGAAGAGUUGGAGAAAGAACACGAUAAACUAUACGAAACUCUCGAUGAGGAUAGAAAAAAGAGUUCACAAGACCUUCGGACUCUGCACGAAACGAAAGUGAGACAACUGAGCGUCUGUGACCUGGAAAUCACAUAUGCUUCCCUUUAUGGUGACAAGGUAACCAAGCUGUAAUUUUGGACGCCAGGUUACCAAGGUUUUUUGGUGGCAAGGUUAUCAAGCCGUACAACGGGGAAAAAAGGCCUCACCCGUGGUGGUCAAAUCAUGCAAUUAGUUAAUCCUAUAGCAGGGAUAAUUUUUAUCAGUGGAAGAUCCAGGGCAGGACUGGCCCAGAUAGAUUAACUGAGGGAGGGGUACUUCUACUUUCUGUUAGAAAUGUUGGGGUAUCUGAACUGUUGUGUCUUGUCUAAGAAGUUAAAAAUUACAUUUGAGCCAACAAAGGCCCGCGUAGAUGUUUAUACACUAAGGAGUAAGUAAUUUAAUUAAGGUUAUCAAUUUAUUGUUACUCAGUGUUUAAUUAGGUAUUGUUGGGAUUUGGUAUUAUUCCGAUGGACCCAUAAUUUAUUUAAAUGGGAUAAUAUUUAUUGUUAGGUGCCCUUCUGGGUAAUGAAGUAAGGUAAUGAAUUUAAAAGGGUGAUGUGUAAGGGCGUUUACUUGCGCUUCGUAGCCUACGAAAUCUUCUGGUGUCUUUGGUGGUAGAACAGCUGGGUUUUUUUCCAGAAAAGGUGCCGAACAUCUCAGCUUUUUCCUCACCAUGAUACGCUUAUGUAUAAAAGCUUGUGAUGUUAUGCAGUCCUAGUUUUUUUUUUCUAGCCACAGAGUGACGCAGAGUGUGUGUGGGUUUUUUUUUUUUUUUUUUCUUUUCUCGCUGUCUUGUGGCAAUUUCUUGUUUCUCUAUGAUUUUACGCAAGCAUGUUUUUUUCUCGCCAUCUUUGGACUGUUUCCUUUUCCCAAAGUCGUAUCGCCAAUUUAUAACCAAUUUAUCACCGAUUUAACAUUUUAUCAGGUUUGGCUCCUAAUUUCACGCAUGCGUGACCGAUCAUUUUUCUACCUUCAUGUCACACAUUCAAAAAUUUUGUUUUUGCCAUAAUGCCAUGCUCAGUUGCUGUUUCUUCUCAUUUAGUUCAUCGCGCGGCGUUCAACAACUUUUUCCUUCGUGUUUUCCCUCCUUUAUUUGAAGAGGAUAUCUCAAAUGAAGCUACAUAAUGCUGUACGAACAGUGCAUAUUUAUUGACUUGAUCGUUUUAGGGGGUUGGGGGGCGCUAUUUAUUGUUGGACAAUGAACGUUAUUGAUAUUGUCGUAUUUUGUUAAAUAUGCAGAAUUUAAGGACAUUUUCAACGUAUUUAUAAUGCGGUAUUUCCGCGCUCAAAAUGAUUUCACUGUGGAAAGCUCUUGAAAAGAAUGAACUCGUUUGCCAUAUAUUUGAAUUUGGCACAAUUUACAGUUUCUCGUCACAGGAUGCCCAAGCUAAUUCAUAAAGCUUUGGUACCCUUUAUCUGCAAUUAAUAAGUGUGUUUAUUAGCUUUCACAGUAUAAGUACAGAUUGUAAAUAGCAAAAAACGGUGAAAUGACGUUUGCAAUUGCCUCUGUUCCAGUUGGGUUCAGAAGUGCCAUAGGAUAUUUUAUUAUCGGGUGCAGUUAUGAUUUACAUUUAGCUAAAUUUGUUCACAGCAUUGAAAUUGUUAUUGUUAAGCUUUGGAGUUAAAUGUUAGUGGCGCACAGGAUUAUGGGAAAGUUCUGGAUAUGGGGAGGGAGGGGAGGGUGGCUGUGAUUUUUACUGGGUGGGUGUUGUUUCUACUCCCGUAAGUUAGCUAAAAAUGAGUAGUAAUCAAUAACCAGGUAUGAUUCUCGCCGGCAGCAUAACAAGUGAAACAAACGAAGUCAAGAAGAGACUUAUCUUUUUCCCCGUUUCGUUUAGGUAAUAACGUCAUUUCAUAAGGCGUACGUUUCAGCUUCGCAGGUUAAUUUUGUACCCAGUUUUCUCUCUUUCCUUUCCUCGAGGGAGGAAGAGAGAGGACACUGGAAACGAAGUUGCUCGCUCUUGUUAUGCCGUUUAUCUUAAUCAGGCACAAGCAUGAUAUUGUAUUUGAUACGAGAGUGUGUAUUUUCCACUUUUAGUUAAUUCUGUGGUCACGCAAAAGUCCCUUUUCCAAUAAAUGUUAUGCUCGCAUCGCAAAAGGCUCGUCCUCUGACGCUUAAGGAUUCGUUGUGAGCUCUAGAAGGUUCUCCGUGUUUUGUCACGACCAGGGGUGUUGCGUGACAACAAAUUUUUGUGACACAGUUUGCCAUUUCAUUUAUUAAGUGAUUAAUUGCUAUUGAUGCCGGAUAUUUGCGGACUUCGAUAUCGUCAGCAAAUCUUAGUGUUUUCCAGUUGUCGUUGGCGUCUCAAGGACGAGUGUCUCCACGUAUUGCCGCUAGAAUCUGGUGUUUUUGUCGCAGUUUACCGUAUUAAAGAUAUAAUUUUAAAGCGUUAUGGGUGGAGAAAUUAAACAAUUAUUUACAGCA